AUGACAGGUAGAAUCCUAGUGACAUUUCAUCAGUGUUUGUCGAGUGAUUAUUUCUUUUAGUAGUAUUUCUCAAAAUGAUCCACAAUUCUUUGCUAAAGAGGCUCAACAUAAAUUAUAUUUUCUAUUCCCACAUAGCAGCCAGGACAGUUAGAAAAUCUUUGAAGCCUGAAUUUUUGAAAAGUGCCAUGCUGAGAGAACAGAGUGUUAUAAAAAUUUACAGUUACAAAAAUGGCAAGAAAUCUCAUGAAGUACACCCGUUAACAGUAAAAGAAUCUGAAGAUAACAUCAUCAUAGAAGAAAAACAAAAAAUUCGAAGAGCAAACUAGGUACUACGAAACGAAUUACGAAGCAAAAUUAUCGGGACAGUAGAAAGCAAUAUUAUUUAUUAACUUCAACAAAAUUUGUGACACUCUGUCAUUUUGUGUAGGUAGUCAAUUACUAUAUUAAAAAAAGAACAGUUGGAG